UGGGUCACCAGGCAUCAGGUCAUUUGGCUUGCCAGCGGGCACCGCAUUAUCUGGCAAGGCAGUGGGCACCGGGUCACCAGGCAUUGGAUCGUCUGGCUCGACAGCGGGCAUCGGGUCACCAGGUAUGACAGCGGGCACUGGGUCACCAGGCAUCAGGUCAUUUGGCUUGCCAGCGGGCACCGCGUCAUCUGGCAAGGCAGUGGGCACCGGGUCACCAGGCAUUGGAUCGUCUGGCUCGACAGCGGGCAUCGGGUCACCAGGCAUCAGGUCAUUUGGCUCGCCAGCGGGCACCGCGUCAUCUGGCAAGGCAGUGGGCACCGAGUCACCAGGUACCGGAUCAUCUGGAUCAACAGCGGGCAUCGAGUCAACUGGCCUAAUAGGAUCGUCAGGCUGGAUCAGUUCAUCAUGCUGGGUAGAGGCAUCAGGCUGAAUGCCGGCGUCCGGCUGAGUAGAGGCUUCAGGCCGAGUAGAGGCUUCAGGCUUAGAGGCUUCAGGCAUGCUGAAGAGAGGCAUCAGGGUGCGUACAGGCAUCAGGCCGAGUAGAGGCAUCAGGCUGCGUACAGGCAUCAGGC